AUGCUACCACCACCAACAAUCCUCUCCCUAAAAUCCGACUUCCUCACUACCCAAACUCGCACCCUCUCGCAACCCUUGGCCCCGUCACGCACUUUUCUUUCAAGUUCCGAAAACGACCAAGACCAAGACCAAGACCACGACAUUAUUCCCCAAAAACCACUCACCGAAGCCCUCACAAAACUCAACCACCUGCUCACCCAACACUCGCGGCGCGCCUACCCGCCCGUCGCGACGCGGCAUGUUGCGGAGCAGAUUGAUAAACUUUAUUUUACCGUCACUUCUACCUCUUCCACUUCCACUUCCACCGCACUAGCAAAAGGUCACCAGGUGGGUGAUGAUGAGGGGGAUGUUGAAGAGGACGAGGACGCACAAGCUUGGUUACGAGUAAACGCCGACCUAACCCUCCCCCGCAUAAUCACCUCCAUACCCGACUCCUGGUCCUCCAUCUCGUCAAAAGAAGCCGAAGAAUAUCCGAUGGAAGCGAGGCGGUUUGAGGAGUUAGUUGCCAGAUUAAAGGAGCUGGAUGGGCAGAAACGGAAGGUGUUGGAAAGGGUGGCGAGGUUGAGGAAGAUUAGGGGGUUGGUUGAGGUGUUUGAGGAUUCCGAUUCUAAUUCGAAGGACCAGGACUGCUUAAAUGUAAAUGCGGGAGGGGAAGCGGGAAGAGAAAGAGAAACGGGGGAGGGGACAGGAGGGGUGGAAAGACCAGGAGGAGGAGCAGCAGGAGGAGGAGGAGGAAUGAAAGCGGUGCAAGAGAAUCUGGUGACCAAGAACGGGGAGAUGGAGGCCGAGUUACAGAGGAUGAGGGUUUUGCUGGCUAGGGUGGGGGGAAGGGUGGAGAAGUUGGAUAAAGAGAGGGCUGAGAAGGAGAAGGAGAAGGAGAGAGAAAAGGGGAGUGGGAGGAGGAAGAGGGCGAGGGAAGGGGAAGAUGGGGAGGGGCCUAGUGAUGAGAGGAAGAAGGUUGAUAGGUUAUUGGAGAGCUUUUGA